AAUAACUUGCAGAGCUUGUGAAAUAUUGUGGAAAAUUAAAUUGAAAAUACAUUAAUUAACAGUGUUAAAGACAUUUAAAUAGACUAAGUCAACAUGGUUCAGCUUGAGGAAUUGAAGGAUGAUGAUAUUCCAUCGAAUACACUUGAACAUUUUAGUGAAUAUGAUGAAGUUGUGAAAAUGAUUAAAGAGUUGAGUCAUAUUUACGAGAAAAACAUGGAAAAGUCUUAUGAAAAGUUUUCGGAAAUUAUGUCAAAAUAUCAAGAACAGCCUCAUCUAUUAGAUGGACAUCUUACAGACAUGAUUAAUUCAUUACUUACAAUAAUUCGAGAUGAAAAGUCAACAGAUGGCUUAAUUCAUGCUGGAUUUAAAUAUCUAUAUCAAAUAAUUAAAGUUAGAACCUUUAAAGUAUUCGUCAAGUUCCUUCCUCACGAAUUAAGUGAUAUAGAUUUUGUCUUAAAUUUAUUAGAACGUCAAAAUAUCGAUGAGUCAGAUAAUUGGGAAACUCGGUAUUGUUGCUUGUUGUGGAUGAGUAUUUUGGUCCUUAAUCCUUUUCAUAUGGCACGUCUAGAUGCAACAGCAGAAGGAAGUGAUGCAAGUAAGACUAAAAUGGAGAGAAUCUAUCAAAUUUGUAAGAUUAAUUGCAGAGGAAAUGACUCAUGCUCGACUGUGGCUGCAUAUUUGUCUGCAAAGUUUUUAAUCCGUACUGAAAUUAAGGAAAUUUACUUGGCAACAUUCUUUGAUUGGGCAUUUAAUGAAGUUAAAGCUGAUGAUUUACAUAUUCGUUAUGGAACUUUACUAGCUAUAGCUGCAAUCUUGAAACAUGGAAAGAGAGAAGAUUUGCUCAAAUAUGCACCAAAAAUAUUAAAAUGGCUGCUCGAACAAGAUUUUAAGGACUCUCCAGAUUUCCUCAAAAAUAAGUUUUUCAUCAAAAUUGUUCAGCGUCUUGGACUCAUCUUCAUGCCACCUAAAAUUGCACUUUGGCGAUACAAUCGUGGCUCACGUUCCUUACAGCAAAAUUUAACAUCAAAAUCUGAAAAUAAUGUCGAAUUUGAGUCUGUGAAUAUCACUCAAGAAGAUCCAGAUGAUGAUGUAGAAGUGCCUGAUGAAAUCGAGGAUAUUAUUGAGCAGCUUUUGGGUGGUUUAAAAAGUCCUAGUAGUGAUGUUCGUUGGCUUGCUGCUAAAGGAAUCGGUAGAAUUACAAAUCGAUUGCCCAAAUCGCUAGGUGACGACGUUGUUGGAUCUGUGAUUGAGAUUUUAAAUCCUCUAGAGCAGCAUGAAGCAUGGCAUGGUGCUUGCUUGGGAGUUGCAGAAUUAGCAAAACGUGGACUUUUAUUGCCUUAUCGUCUCGAACAUUUAGUUCCUCUAUUAAUUAAAGCUUUAAUUUACGAUGAGAUGAAAGGAUACAUGUCUGUUGGUCAAAACAUUCGAGAUUCAGCAUGUUAUGUUUGCUGGGCCUUUGCUAGAGCUUAUAAUCCUGAAGAUUUACAGCCAUUCGUCCAAAGUAUUGCUACAGGUUUAUUAAUUGUGACUGUCUUUGAUCGUGAAAUUAAUUGUCGACGUGCUGCUUCCGCCGCAUUUCAGGAAUGUGUUGGACGUCUUGGAAAUUUCACGCAUGGAAUUGACAUUCUAACAACUGCUGAUUUUUAUACUGUUGGAUUAAGAAUUAACUCUUAUUUAGUCAUUAGUGACUUUAUUGCACAGUUUAGUGAAUACACAAGAUCAUUAAUCGAUCAUUUAGUUGAGAUUAAAACUGCACAUUGGGAUACAUCAAUAAGAGAAUUAACAGCUAAAACAUUAAAUAAAUUAGCACAUCAUGAUGCUGAUUAUAUGGCAACACAUGUUCUUAAUCAGCUAUUCCAAAAGACAGAAUCAAUUGAUAUAAACGUUAGACAUGGAUGUGUUUUAGCUUUUGGAGAAGUUAUACUAGCUUUGAAGAACUUAAAUAAGCUUUCAUUAAUAUCUAAUGAGAUUAUGGGAAGGUUGAGUGAUUUAAUCAUCAAGUUCCAAACCAGAGAACAAUUUCGAGGCAUGAGUGGAGAAUUAAUGAAGUUGGCAGCGCUAGAUUUUAUUAAAAAUUGUAGUGAAUCGAAAUUGGAAAUAACUAAUGAAUGUAUCGAAUCAUGGCAGUUGCUUAUUGAUUCCAGCAUCACUAGUAAGACGACAAGAAUUCGAGAACUUGCUGUGUCUGCAUUAACUAGUUUAUGUCCAGCAUAUUAUGAAGGAAAAGACAGUAACGCAUUAAUUGUCAAUAAUUAUUUGAACGGAUCAGAAAAUGAUCUUGAAGAGCAUGUCAGGAGUGGAUAUGUCUUAGCAAUUGGUGCAUUUCCAAAAUUUAUGCUGUUACCGUCAAAAAUGGAAGUUAUUAAGAAAUUAAGUGAACUGUCUUUAGUUCCAAAUGAAUCUCAAGUUAAACAAGCUGGGCUUAAUCCAAUAAUAUUGAAUUGGUCCGAAGCACGUAGAGACAGCGUUAAGGCUUUAGGAAAUGUCACAAUGACAAUAAAUUUUGAGGAUCUUACUGAUGAAGAAUUAAAGGACAUUUUUGAAUGUCUUUUAAAAGCUCUAGAAGAAUAUACCAUUGAUAAUCGUGGAGAUAUUGGUGCUUGGGUACGAGAAUCAUCUAUGAAUGUCUUAUAUCAACUGACUAUUAGUAGUCCACCAGAACGAUUAAUGGCUGAUAUUGUUCAUAACAUUAUGAGUGGAUUAGCACAGCAAAGUGUCGAAAAAAUUGAUAGAACUCGUGCAAUUGCUGGAAAAUUAUUCCAUAGCUUAUUGUAUCAUGAGCCAAAAAUACCAAAUAUUAAGGAUCACGAAGUUUUGAAGACAAUCUUUCCAAAAGAUGGAAGUAAAAUUUUAUGGCUGUUUGCUGAUCACACUUUCCCAUUAUUCUGUAACAUGCUAAAACUUCAUGAUUAUUCUGAGAAGAUUAUAACUGGAUUAGUUGCAAGUAUUGGACAAUUGACUGAGUCUUUAACAAAACAUUCAUCAUCUUCAUUCCUUGAUUUCCUUAAUUCACAUCCAAAUGAAACCACAGUAAUGUGUGACUUGACAUUAAAGAUUUUCCAGGAUAAUUUAUUAAAUGAACGCAUCACAUAUCCUAUGCUGAACUUCCUUGAUACAAUUUUAAGCUCUGGAAGUCUAUUAGCCAUUUUGGACGAUGAAAAUUCUCAAUUUCCUGAUGAAGUCUUUCGUCUUGUUAAUCUUGAAAUUAAGGGACAUAAGAAACUUUAUAAGAUUGUCUCCAGCAUUAACGUCAUGUGCCAAUUAAUUCAGGUUCGUCGUCUUUGUCCAAAAAUCUUUACUAAAAUGGGGGUUUUCUUGGGAUUAACUCAUGUUCACAUCCGCAAAUCAGCAGCUUUAAAACUUUAUGAAGCAAUGCUGUUAUAUGGAGAUACAACAGACGUUCCUGAAGAGAAUUUAGAGGAAAUUUUAAACACUUUGAUGGAUACAGAUUGGUCUCAGCCAUUGAAUGAAGUACGACCUAUUAGAAAUCAUUUAUGUGAUCUCCUUAAUGUGAAGGCUCCAGUUACUGCAGCACAAAAAAUUUAAAUUAUCGGCAUUCCCGUUUUAUAUUAAUCAAAAUUAAUGCAAAGCUUUUUAAAAGCACCAAUAUGAACAAUUAUGUACUAAUCUGAUUUUGUGGCUUAGCAUCACUAUUAAAUGCACAACAAUUC